AUGGACGUGAUCUUUGAGACAUCCAGAGGAAGGCACUUCAGUAUAGAGAUUGGCUUCUUUGACACAGUGCUCGAGAUCAAGGAGAAGAUCCAGAGAUAUGAAGGCUACCCAGUAUCCAGCCAGAAGCUGCUCUUCAAGGGCCAAGAACUGAUUGACGAUCAUGACACCGAGUACUACGAAAUUCUUCAAGGCUCUCGACUACAGUUGAUCAUCACCGAGACUGACGAUGAAAGGCAGGUGAAAACCGAGGAUGCUGGCCGCAUCCAUGUCAUUGUCAAGAUUCCGAUUUCGAAGAGACAAUUGACACUGGAGGUCGAUGUGAUGGACUCUGUUAGCAGGCUGAAGGAGAGAAUUCAGGAGUUCGAAGGAGCUCCAGUAAAUCGGUUUGCAUUGUUUUAUGGUAGCAUGGAGCUGCAAGACACUCGAGCAUUGGCUGAGUAUGGAGUCGCUGAGAAUUCUGAAGUCAAUGUAGUUGUAAGGCCAUUUCCGCCUGCACCAGCAACCUCUGCAUCAAAGAAAUUGAAGCUGCUGGUGCUGCCGAAAUGCGGGACAAGGAAGAUACCAGUUGAAGUGAAUGCAUCAGAUAAUGUAAGCGAGUUGCGGAAGGAGUUGCAGAGAUUGCAUGCUCAUCUACAAUUUCAUCUGCCCAGCGAAGGUUAUUUCUUCAUUUACAAGCAGAAUGUUAUGGAUGAUGAUCGAACCUUCCGUUGGCAUGAUGUACGGCCAGGUGAUACCAUUGAAAUUUUUAAUGGGAGUGUGACUGGUGGAUCAUGA